CAAACCCUAAUUUCUAGAGAGAGAGUGUUUUAGAGAGAGAAAUAGAUUCGUUUAUUCGUUUAUAAUCUCUCUUCUUUCUCGCUGUUUCGGCGAAGUUGCAAAACCCUUUUUCCACAACCUUGUUUUUCUUAUCAGGUUCACUCUACUUUGUUUGAAGUGAGAUUAAAGGCUAUGAUCUACUUUACUUGGAUAUUGGAUGUAUUUUGGUGAAAUGUUCAUGAAUAGUUUAUUCGGUGCAGGAAUUUUUUGCCGAUUUCUAUAAUUUUUGUUGAAGAUUUGUUGCUAUUGAAAUUGAAUAGCUGAAGUUUGUGAAAGAAAGGUUUUGAGUUGAUUGUUGCGAAGUUUGGAACCAUGCCGAUUUCAGGACAUGAAGAGAGUGGGGUAAAGUCCUUUGCUGGUCAAUUUAGUGAUUUAGUUGCAGGUGUGCCAAUCAAGAAAAGGAGGUACCCACCUCUGUUUAGGUCUUCUCCUCCUCCGACUCCUCCUUGUGAAGAACCGUGUUCAAUCGCUGAAGAAACUGAGUUACAACGAAAAGAAAACUCAAGCACUUCUCAAGGAUUGGCUCUAUCAAAUGUUAGUAUUGCAGGUGCACCUAUCAAGAAAAGGAGGUUUCCUUCUUCACUCCAAGCUUCUUCACCUUCUUUGGAAGAGCCUUCGCGCCAAGAAAAAAGUCAUGCUUUGCGAAAAGAUCAUUCAAGCACGUCACUGGGUUCAACCCUUUCCACAAGUUCUGCUGGGUUAUCUGAUACUGUUGGAAAGCCUGUAUUUGAAGAAAAGAAAUCAAGUUCUGAUGUUACCGUUGGAAAGCCUGUAUUUGAAGAAAAGAAAUCAAGUUCUGAUGUUACCGUUGGAAAGCCUGUAUUUGAAGAAAAGAAAUCAAGUUCUGAUGUUACUAUUGGAAAGCCUGUAUUUGAAGAGAAGAAACCGAGUUCGGAAGUUACCAAUGCUGACUUGGGGCAAAAAAAAUCUUUGCUUAUGCCCAAACAGGAGAAAUCCAACCCUGAAACUCCAUCAUGUACUUUGGCUGUUGUGAAUAGCAAGGAGAAGACUGUCCUCACUGAAGGUAAUGAUAAAAAUUUGGGAUCCCCAACAAUUAAGCCAAAUACAGAACUCUCAUUGGCUGCAAAAGAAGGAAUUGCACUUGGCAGUGGAGCGGAUGUGAGCAAACAAAUUGUCCAAGACACAGUUAAACAAGAGAGUCCUUUAGUUUCUGGUAGUACUAGCUUAUCUCUGAGCUUUAAGGAGCAUUUGUUUGCAUCUGUUACAAGUCCGGAAAUUAACAAGAUAAAUCCCCUCGACAAAGGAGAACCUGUCUCCUUGGAAUUAUCUUUAAGCAAGGAGGAAUGCAGUACUCAUAGUUCAAAUACUGAUGCUAAAAGUGAUAGUGACACUACUCGUGUUAAUAGCAGGGCUAACUGGGAUCUGAAUACUACAAUGGAUGCAUGGGAUGAAGGGAGUGAUGCCAGUUCUGUUAAAACUUCUACCGAUGGACUGAAUACUACUCACAAUGCACAUGAUGAGAAACAGUUAUUGAGCAACACUGGGAUGACACCACCAACAAGUGUUAUAUCUGAAAUGCAAACACUUAAAAAGAAUCAAAACAAAGCUACUUCCCCAAGUCUGCAUGGGUCGCAGUAUAAAUGCGUGGAUUCACGUGAUCUCUGUCUUUCAUCUAAUGUUCAAAAAUAUGUUGAGGAGCCGUCUAGAAUAUCAGUUAAACUAAAUUCAGGCAGUGCUACUCCCAUUGUUGGUUUGCCAAGUCUGGCAGGUACUGCUGGUGAUGCAAAUACUGCUAGUUUUAGGUUGGUAAAACCAGAGCCAUGCGAUGAUAACUUAAAAAAGAAUUUGAAAGAAGCUAGUGCCGGUCCUGUAGGUUCAUUAGACAUUGCUGCUGUCAAACAAGAAUUUAUUCAGCAUUCAAUUAUCAAGCCAUCUAAUUCAACUGUUAGCAAUUCAAAGUUGGUUGAUUCUACUGUCAUUAAAUCCGAACCAAGCCACGAGGGUAGUCAGGAAAGAUCCAAAGCAGCCGAGAGUACUGCUACAGGUCAGUUGAGUAAAGUAUUGCCACAAAUAUCAUUAAGUUCUUCUGCUUCCAUUACAGGGUCAGUUGUGUUGAAUUCUACACAAGUUUCUGCCAAGGGAACUCAUCCUGCUGUGAAAGCUGUCUGUACACCAGUAUUAACUACCAGUAAAUAUAUAACAGGUCAACCGGAAAAUUGUAGUCGCGCAGAAAGAGUCAAUGUUGAAAAAGCAUGUGAGGAAGUUUGCUCAAAUCCUGAGCCCGUUCCAUUGGUAACAGUUGCUUUUCCUAUGGUUGGUACUGCUACAGAAUUGACUAAUCAUGGCUUGAAAUAUUCUUCUGUUGUAACCAAGAAAGACGUGGCUGAUGAUCUUGAUGGUUGUAGAUUGAAACUCAUGAAUGAGCCUUUUGAUCCACGAGGCAGUGGUGAAGGCUGUGUUAGUGAUGAAGAAAAGAUAACCUUGUCUGCUGAUAUGUUGGAGGAUGAUUCUUAUGGUUCUGAUUUAGAGUCAGAUGACAACCAUGCUGUAACUGUUGCUGUUGACAUAGGGCGAUAUGUUGAAGAUGAUGAUUACGAGGAUGGUGAGGUUAGAGAACCCCUGGAGCCUUCCAAAGUGGAGGACAUCAUAUGUGAGGUAAGAGAAGUAGAACAUCCCGACUUAGGUAAUUAUGAUAAUAAACCAGUGGAGAAAGGAGUUGUGAGUAAUGAUUAUCCCACUUCAUCUCGUGGGGUAGAAAAUGACAAUACGGCUGUAAUCCACAAUGAAAUAAUUAGUAAGGAUGGUGUGAACAUUCCAAUGCAUGAGAAGCUUGGUAAAGUCAUUGAUAAAAAUGUUUGUGUGCCAGAGUCAUUGGAUGGUGAAAAAUCUGAUAUUGCUGCCGACAAGAGACCAGUUAAUGUUUUGGAAAGAAAACAAUUAGAUCUUUCAGAAAGAAUAAUUGUAUCUGAAACUCAGGAGACUGUACAGUCUUCCGAUCAUGCCAUUGAUGGAAGCCAUGUGAUAGAUGUCCAAUGUGCUGAUGAGGUUGUGAAGACAACUGACACAGUUAGACAAACCGACUUUGAUUUUCCUAAGAUGGAAGGAUAUGCAAAUGCUGGAGAUAUAACUAAAGAUGUUUGUAACAGUGGUAAUCAGGGAAGAAUAAUAGAUCUGUCACGAGCUGCUAGUUCAUCAUCCCCUAGUAAAACUAGACCUAUUUCAGGCAGAUCUCUUCCGACUCGAGCUGGAAGAGAUGUUUUGUCCGACUCACUUGAAGGGGAUAAGUUAUACAGAGGAAGAGAUGAAGUUUACAUUGAUGCUCCCCAUAGAUUUUCAAGAGAAAGACAUCAAGACAGGAACUCUAGAUUAAAUUUUGGACGUGGUAGAGGAAGAGUUAAUAAUCGAAUUCGCGGUGAUUGGGAAUCUGAGCGUGAAUAUUCUGGUGAAUUUUACAAUGGUCCGAGUCAACAGUUCCGUGGCUCGAGGUCAAAAUAUGCAUCUGCUAUUGAUGAUACUGAUAUGGAGUACAAUAAUGUUGGACCAGAUGACUCAUAUGUUGUCAAUGGACGAUUAGGUAGAAAGCCAUUGAAUGAUGGCUCUUACAUUGCACCAAGAAGAAGGUCACCUGCAGGUGGAAGAGAUGGCAUCCAAAUGGGUCACAGAAAUCCAAGAGCGGUUAGCCCGAAUAAUAGAUGUAUUGGGGGGGAUGGUUCAGAGUUAGGUGGUAUGAGGCACAGUGAGAAAUUUAUGAGGGGUUUUCCCGAUAGUCUUGAGUAUUCACGCCCACAACAAUUUGAAGGACUGGAUGGUCGGUUUUCAAGAGGAAGGGGUAGGAAUUUUUCUUCAAUGCAGAGAAGGGGUGGUCUUGCUCGAAUGCGUUCAAAGUCACCUGUCAGAUCAAGGAGUCGUUCACCCGGUCAAUGGUCAUCUCCAAGAAGGAGAUCCCCCAGAAGAAGAUCCCCAGAUGGUUUUGGUGGCCAUCCUGAAAUGACUCAUAGAAGAUCACCAUUAUACAGAGUUGACAGAAUGAGAUCCCCUGAUCGACCCGUUUUCACUGGGGAGAGAGUGGUUAGGAGACAUGGCUCGCCCCAGUUUAUAUCACGACCUUCUAAUGAUAUGAGGGACAUUGAUUCUGCAAGGGACCAUGGUCAUCCAAGACCUGGCAUUUCCAAUAGAAGUCCAUCUGGUAGGAUUUUAAUCAGGAACAAUAGAAGAUUUGAUGUUGUAGAUCCCCGAGACAGAGCAGAUAAUGAUGAUGAAUACUUUGGUAGUGGUGGUCCUAUGCAUUCUGGCAGGAUGAUAGAGCAUAAUAAUAGUGAAGGAAAUGGUGAGGAGAGGAGAAGAUUUGGCGAGAGACGAGGUCCUGUUCGAACUUUCAGGCCUUCCUAUAACAAUUCUAAUAAUAACGUUGGUGAGAACUUUCACCUAAAUGCUGAAGAUGGACCUAGACACUAUAGAUUCUGUUCAGACGAGUCGGAUUUUCAUGAUAGAGGUAGCAACUUAAGGGAAAGGGACUUUGACAGACGGAUGAAAGGUAGGACUGGAAAUGGACCACCUAGAAGAACAAGAAACAUGGAUGAACAAGAAGAAAAUUUCAGACAUGGUGGACAAGUUUGGAGUGAUGAUGGUUUUGAUGAUAUUUCCCGUGUGAAAAGGAAAAGAUUUUGAAUGAUUCCUCUUUUUGUAAUCAGAAAAGUUUCCUGCUAGAGGACAAAGGAAUUUGUAUUGCUGGUUUUUUCACCACCCUACAGAAUUAGACUAGUUUUCAGUAGUAGUAAUAAAAAAAAAUAGUCAUUAGUAAAAUCCCUUGAUGCAUAGCUUAUAGCUUAAGCCACAUUUAAAGUGGCGGAGAAAUGAAGUUCUGGUUCUGGUUGUAGUAAAAGCAGAAACCGUGGGCAGAUUUUCAAGAAAGGAAUUUUGAACACGGAAGUUGUUUUGAGCAAGUUGAAAUUUAGUUGGGACUUUGAUGGUAUGGGACCAUUCUCCACAACAAACAGAACCAAUAAAUAAAUCUGAAAGGGUAGGUCGCAUGAUUUAAGUGAGGCUCUUGUCGUUUUAAAGUAAUUUAUGUUUUUAUUGGAGUGGUGUGGUGCCGCUGUUGGUUCUUUUCUGGUUAAUAAUUAAUCACUCAACCAAUUAUCAUUAA